UGAGCAGAGAGAGGAAGUACAAGUUUGCAGUGCUGGUAGAGUCUGCAAAGAGCUGUGGAGAUAUUAUGAAAUGAAAGGUUAGUGGUAAAUCUGUGAUGUUAGUGAAUUUUGACACAUUGGUCAAAUCGUUGGCUUUUGAGUGAUCAUCUACUAAACGUUUCUGCUGGGACAUUGAUCAGAAGACCGCACAGAGCUUUAGCUACUCAGGGGAGAGACGGAGAGAUAUUCGACAUUCUGGGCCAACCAAACAUCCCUGCUCAUCAUUCACCAGUCUGCUCAUAAGGCAUGGACAUCACCAACAACACCAGUCUCCGUGGUAACCAGACGGACCUCAACAGUGUGUUCACACGUCAGGUGCUGCCCGUGCUCUACCUGGUGAUCUGUGUGGUGGGCCUGGUUCUCAACGGCCUGGCCGCCUGGAUCUUCUUCCGCAUGUCCAGCUCGUCGGCGCUCAUCGUGUACCUGAAGAACAUGGUGGUGGCCGACGUGCUCAUGCUGCUCACCUUCCCUUGGCGCAUCGCUGGCGAGGCGGGCCUGGGCGGGCGUCUCCUUAAAGAGCUGACGUGCCGCUACACGGCGGUCAUCUUCUACCUGAGCAUGUACGCCGGUAUCGUCUUCAUGGGCCUCAUCAGCCUGGAGCGCUACGUCAAGAUCGUCCACUCCUCCUCGUCCACCUCCUGCUCCUCGUCCUCCUCCCUGCCCUCCGCUGGCUCCCUCUGCUCCUCGUCGACGUCCUGCUCGUCGUUGCUGCGGCACGUGCGCUGCGCCCGAGCGCUCUCCUUUCUGGCCUGGCUGCUGCUGCUGCUCUGCAUGCUGCCCAACUCGUUCCUCAGCAACCAGCAGCUGCCGGCCAGCAGCCAGUGGAGCUGCAUGAAGCUCAAGAGCGAGCUGGGCAAGGAGUGGCACCGCGUGUCCAUCAUGCUAAGCAUGGGCAUUUUCUGGGCGAUGCUUCUGCUUCUGGCCUUCUGCUACGCGUCCAUCGCGCUGCGCGUCUACCGCUCCUACCGGCGCCUGGGCCGCGGUGGCAACCAGCAGGUGCGACGCAAGUCCAACCGCAGCAUCCUCAGCAUCCUGGCCGUGUUCUUCAUCUGCUUCGUGCCGUACCACGUGUGCCGCGUGCCCUACACGCUGAGCCAGAACCGCGACGCCAGCCCAUACGUCCUCUUCCAGGCCAAGGAGGCCAUGCUGUUCCUGGCGUCGUUCAACGUGUGCUUGGACCCCGUCAUCUACUUCCUCAUGUGCCGCACCUUCCGCGAGUCGCUGCUGCAGAGGCUGCCCUGCUGCACGCGCCCCACUCACGAGCCCGCGAGGCGGGGCUCCUUCUCCAACGGCAUCAGCAUCAGCAACCUGUGA